GAUGACGCGUUCAAGUGCAUUCAGAACUUGUCGAGAUUUGCAGACAAUCAUUCUUGGAAGCGCCCUUAUUAAUAUUGCGAGCGACAUCUUUGCACCGUGAUCUAAAUUCACUACCAUUCAAUUAGCACUAUUCGCGAGAAAAAAUGUCUGGCGGGACACUAGCCGAUUCCCUUACGCAAGCCGAUGAGCUGGCCAAGACGUCUCCGGACCAGGCCAUCAUUGCUUAUCAGAACCUAGUCAAUGAUGCCACAGGGGGCACCGAGGAAGAAGUUAGAGUCAGGGAGGCCGCCUUUUUGAAGUUAGGAGAGCUUUAUCGGGAUACUAAGAGAGCGCAGGAACUGGGACAACUCAUUCGGGCGUCGCCGUCGUAUUUGGCCAACACAUCCAAAGCAAAGACUGCCAAACUCAUAAGAACGCUACUCGAUCUUUUUGCGGAUAUCCCAGACUCUAUUCCUCUUCAAAUCGACGUGUGCAGGGAAUCCAUUCAAUGGGCCCUGAACGAGAAACGCAUAUUUUUGCGACAGGCGUUGGAGACUCGGCUAGUGGCUCUUUAUUUGGAUAACAAAUCAUACUCGGAUGCCCUUACGCUCAUCGCAUCCCUGCUAAAAGAGUUGAAGCGAUUGGAUGACAAGAAUGUAUUGAUGGAAGUUCAGCUACUUGAAAGUAGAGCCUAUCAUGCCUUGCGCAACCUGGCAAAAUCGCGUGCAGCGUUGACCUCAGCGCGUACAUCAGCCAAUUCAAUUUACUGCCCACCCUUGAUGCAGGCUCAGCUUGAUAUGCAGUCAGGAAUCUUGCAUGCCGAAGAGAAGGACUACAAAACAGCAUACUCGUACUUUUACGAAACAUUAGAAAGCUUUGCAUCACAGGAUGACAGGCGGGCUGUCCUCGCUCUAAAGUACAUGUUACUGUGCAAAAUAAUGCUGAACCUGUCAGAAGAUGUCAAUGCUAUUGUAAAUAGCAAACUGGCCCUGCGGUAUGCUGGAUCUCAAGUCGAAGCAAUGCGCGCCAUCGCAAGCGCCCAUCAAAAUCGGUCCCUUCUAGAGUUUGAGCAAGCUUUGGCAAAAUACAAAGAAGAGCUAGGAAAUGAUCCCAUCAUACGCUCCCACCUGGCUGCACUGUACGACACCUUAUUUGAACAAAAUUUGCUGCGAAUCAUUGAGCCCUUCUCUCGGGUUGAAAUCGCUCAUGUUGCUGAAUUGGUGAAGCUUCCUACAACGUCUGUCGAAACUAAACUGUCCCAGAUGAUUCUUGAUAAAGUGUUUAGUGGAAUUCUGGAUCAAGGAGCCGGAUGUCUGGAAGUGUUUGAUGAACGCGAGGCAGAUAAAACAUAUGAGGCAACGCUAGAUACCAUCAAAAACAUGGGUCACGUGGUGGAAUCGCUUUACGAGAAGGCAGCUCAACUAACAUAGAUAGGCUGUGUACUUCACUGGGAUAAUAUAUUUUCUGUGGAACUCUCAUUGAAAUACUCUCAGUAUGCAAUAUUCUCUAUGGAUUAUGCAGCUGUUCACGAACUCUGUUUAAUAUUAUGUAAGAUCCGGUAACCCAAA